AUGCUCAAGGAAAUUGCGGAUCCAAACUGGCUUCGAUGGCUUGAAAACGUUAAAUACGCUCCGUAUUCGGAGCAAUGUGCAGAUAAUUUCAAGGUUGAGUUAGCUCUAAGAGGUGGAGUGAGAAAUCAGGAAUGCAGUCAAGGAGUUUGCAUGAAGAUGGUGAUACAACAGAAGGAUGGAAUGAGUUAUGUAUGGCGGAGCUGCAUCAGUCAAGCGAAUAAACAAAUCCGUCAAGAUUGUACACGUGUUUCAAGCAGUGAAGGUAAUUUGGAAGUAUGUACAUGUGAUGGAAAUCUAUGCAACAAUUCAGUACGGUUUUCAAUAUUUCCUUCUUUAAUUGCCGUCUCAUUUAUGCGGUUAAUUUCGAAUAUUGUCUAA